CUUACCAGGAAGAGACUGACGUGUUAUCUGUCCUUUCUGAGAAACUGACUCUCUUCUCUACUGACAAAAGAAAUAAAGAUUCUUCGCCGAAGAACCAAGAGAAACACUUUCAAAAAGGAAUAGUGUGUAGUUUAUUUCUGAACAGACAGAUCGACGAUCUUUGUGAUUCCAGUGAUUCAUUUUUCAAACGGACUUCGUCCAGAAAGUGAAAGUAAAGUGUAGAUUGUUGGAGCUCAAAGAGAAAACAAUGGCUUCACAGUCUGAAGAUGAUUAUAUUUGUCCUGUGUGCUGUGAGAUCUUCAAGACUCCUGUGUUUCUGUCAUGUAGUCACAGUGUCUGUAAAGAGUGUCUUAAGCAGUUCUGGAGAAUCAAGAAAACUCAGGAGUGUCCCGUCUGCAGAAGAAGAUCCUCAAAAGAUGAUCCUCCAGUUAAUCUAGUGUUAAAAAACCUGUGUGAGUCACUCCUGAAGAAGAGAAAUGAGGUUUGUUCAUCAGGAUCUGAGGAGAUCUGCAGUUUACACAGUGAGAAACUCAAACUCUUCUGUCUGGAGGACAAACAGCCGGUGUGUGUAGUGUGUAUUAAUUCACAGAAACACGACAAUCAUAAAUUCAGACCCAUUGAUGAAGUGGUUUCAUCAUAUAAGGAGGAGCUCAAUACAGCACUGAAAUCAUUACAGAAGAAACUGAAACACAAUGAAACAAUGAAAGGAGAUUUUGAGAAAACAGUUGAAAACAUCAAGUCUCAAGCUGAGAACACAGAGCGUCAGAUUAAACAGCAGUUUGAGAAGCUUCAUCAGUUUCUCAGAGAUGAAGAAGAAGCUACACUCACUGCACUGAGAGAGGAAGAGGAGCAGAAGAAGCAGAUGAUGAAGGAGAAGCUGGAGGAGAUGAACAGACACAUCUCAGCUCUUUCACACUCAAUCAAAGACAUGGAGGAGAUGAUGAAAGCCAGUGACGUCUGCUUUCUGAAGAAGUUUCCAGUCUCAAUGGAAAGAGUCCAGAUCUCAUCACAGCCGGAUCCACAGAUGCCUUCUGGAGCUCUGAUUCAUGUGCCGUGUUACUUGGGCAACCUGCCCUUCAGAGUCUGGAAGAAGAUGCAGGACAUCGUCCAGAACAUGUCAGAAAGACGAUUAGUGCUGCUGGGAAGAAGUGGUGAUGGGAAGAGUGCAGCUGGAAACACAAUACUGGGACAGAAAGAGUUCAGAUCUGAGAUGGGACCAACAUCAGUGACACGUGAAUGUUCAGCUGCUCAGGCCACUGUUUCAGGCAGAUCUGUGACUGUAGUUGAUGCUCCUGGAUUCUUUGACACAGAGAUUACACAUGAGGAGUCAAUGAUAGAGAUCAUGAAAAGUGUUGAUUUAUCCAGUCCUGGACCGCAUGCUUUCCUUAUUGUGUUUAAAGUAGGAAGAUUCAUACAUGAGGAGCAGCAGAUUCUUCAGAUGAUUGAGAUGAUGUUUGGUCAGGAGGUGUUAAAAUACUCCAUCAUUCUCUUCACUUGUGGAGAUUGGUUAGAAGACCAUUCCAUAGAGGAAUACAUAAAGGAGAGCAGAGAUUUAAGACGUCUAGUUGAUCAGUGUGGAGGCAGAUAUCAUGUCUUCAACAACAGAGAUCAGAGUAACAGAGAGCAGGUGAAUGAUCUGCUGAAGAAGAUUGACACAAUGGUAGAGCAGAACAGAAGAGGACACUACAGUAAUCAGAUGUAUGAAGAUGCUCAGAGAAGAAGAGAGGACACCAAGACAGGACACGGAGAGAAAACAGCACCAAAAUCAAAGUCAGGAAAGUGUCUGUAGUUGAUCCUGCUGGAUUCUUUAACACACAGAUGAAAACUCAGGAGAUAAUGAGAAGUGUUUAUUUAGUCUUUGACGGCACACUUUUCAGUUGUUUGGUCAGGAGGUGUUAAUAGAGUCCAUUCACAGAGAUCAGCUACAAGAGACCACAGAGAUACUCACUGAGGAGAAGAGUAGAUUAAGACAUCUCUUGUGGAGGCAGAGUUCACAUCUUCACUAUUAGAGAUCAUACUGUAACUGAUAUCUGAACUCUAAACUCUGUUAAUGCUACAGUAAUGUACAAUAAGAGAUUGCAGGAAAGCCAAUCUCUAAAUCAGUACAGUGUUCUGCUGCUGAGAAAUGGCUUGUUUAUGUUGCUAGGGCGCUGUAAACGGUUGCCUGGGUGGGUUAUGCAGUUACCAUGGUGAUACUUGGAUGUCCACCCUAUUCAGAAUAAAACUCUGCGUUCACCAAAAGAGCUGGAAAUGAACAUGCAGCUGAUGCAGCACUAGAGCACUGAACUAUAAGACAGAAUAUUACAUAUAAAUGUACAUUGUUCAUUUUAAACUGUGAUUUUGACUAGUUUUCUUGUAACUGAUUACACUGCAUAUUUAACAAGAAAACAUUUAUCAAUGACACUCAGAAUCUUUAAUGGUACAGUAGAUCUUUCAUUUUCUUAACAACAGAAUAGAACAAUGACAAACUCGCUGAUUAUAAACACGGAGCUUAUUAACAAAAUGAAUAAGACUGAUAUAACAUGAUAUACCCAAGCUGUAACAAAAAAAAAAAAAACUUAAGCUCUUUGAAUUUCCUCUUGUUAUCACUUUUGCUGAACAUCUUUAUUAUUAUUAUUAUUAUUAUUAUUAUUAUCAGCUCUUUUUAUCAAUAAUUUUUUAAUGAAAUCUGCCGUCUGACAGCACUGUCUGGAACAUUUACUGAGGGCUUUAAAACAAAUGCAGGAGGUUCCUGUGUGUGACCUGUCUGCAGUCAGACGGCCGAAACACAUCACGGUACAAGAGCGUCUGUUCACACUGCUCAGAGCUUCAGAGUUUAGUUUGACUAAGUCUGAAGAGUUGCUUUAGCUUGUAGUUAAGCUUGAUUAAUCAUGGUUUCUAGAGAUCAAAUACAAUUCAAAACAUAAGAACAAACUCAAUGUGUAUUUGAAAUGAUUUAUAAUAUCAAAAAGCAACACAUCUGCACGUGGUUUAUAACGGAAAGGGUUUAUACCGAGUAGUGCAAGCACUUUAAAUGCUUAGAGACACUUAUCUAAAGUGACUUGAUAAUUAAUAAUACUAAAAUCAUAAGCAAUUCAUCAUCAAAGAAAACAAUAUUCAAAAGAAUAUAGUAUGAAAUAAAAAGAUGUUCCUCGAGCAUCAGGAAAGUGUCUUUGCUCUUUGUUGCAAAGGAACAAAAAGGCUCCUCUCGUUCAGUAUGAGUAGAUAUGAAAAUGACCAGUGAGUUUGAUUCAAACUAUCAUAUAGUCAUCAUCUCGUGACCUGGAGUCGAUUGAAUCAGGAGCAUCAGAUCCCUGCAGGAUACAGAUUCAUUUAUAGCAGCUGCUUUAUAUCUACAUUAAAACAUCAUCUGUCUGUUUCAGCUCAUGAUUGUUCAUGUGAUUCAGUAAAACUCAGUUCAAGCCUUUGAUUCACUCACAUAUUUCCAGAAUCAUUACCUCGAGAGAUGCAUGAUGUUGCCUUCUGAAAACAUCUGAAAAAAAGAUUGAAACUUUUUACUGCAUAUUAUUUUAUAUCCAUUAUCAUGUUUUGAAAUUAUUCAAAGAGAUUUUUAAAGUUUAGGCCAUUGUUUAGAACAAUUUAUUUAAUUAAAUAUGACUUUAGAAACAGAUUGUUCUGUCAAUAAUGUUUGCAUUAUUGACACUAUUUUCCUAUUUAAUGUUGUUCAGUUGCUUUGACACACUCUGUAUUGUAAAAAGCGGUAUGUAAAUAAAGGUGACUUGACAGAUGUGUGUCACUGUCUGUCAAAGGAAACCCAGA